AUGGCUCCAGUGGCCGAAAUGGGUAGCUUCCUGGCCGGCGUGGACACCUUGGCUCAGGUGGGCACUCAGUACCUGCUGCCUCCUGCCAGAGACACCCCCCUGCUGUACAACGACCCACUGGGGCAGUCUGAGCGCUUGUCCCGCAGCGCCCCCUCGGAUCUGGCCCAUCUCCAGGGCAUUCUCCGCCGCAGACAGCUCUACUGCAGGACCGGGUUUCACCUGCAGAUCCUCCCCGACGGUAACGUGCAGGGCACCCGGCAGGACCACAGCCGCUUCGGCAUCCUUGAGUUCAUCAGUGUUGCAAUUGGUCUUGUCAGCAUUAGAGGAGUAGACAGUGGUCUAUACCUUGGCAUGAAUGACAAAGGAGAACUUUUUGGAUCGGAAAAAUUGACCUCAGAGUGCAUUUUCCGUGAACAUUUUGAAGAAAAUUGGUAUAAUACUUAUUCAUCAAAUUUAUAUAAGCAUGGAGACUCUGGAAGAAGAUACUUUGUAGCUCUUAAUAAAGAUGGAACGCCUAGAGACGGUGCCCGUGCAAAGAGACACCAGAAGUUCACCCACUUUCUACCCAGGCCAGUGGAUCCUGAAAAAGUACCCGAACUUUACAGAGAUGUCAUGGGGAACAGCUGA